AUGGUGAUUACAAUCAUUGCUAUAGUUGAAAAGGUUUUGGAUAAAUCCACUACUGAUGAGGAAAUUUAUGUGGAGAAACCUUUAAUGUCAUAUAGUUUUGAUCUGGGAAUUAAUUCAUAUAAAUCAAUAGAGAAAAUUUAUACAGAGAAAUCUUUAAUGCCAUAUAGUUUUGAUCUGGGAAUUGAUACCAUUAAUAAUAAUUCAUACAAGUCAACAGAAAAAAUUAAUGAUAGUUUUGAUCUGGGAAUUAAUGCCAUUAAUAAUAAUUCAUACAAGUCAACAGAAAAAAUUCCUUAUAGUUUUGAUCUGGGAAUUAAUGCCAUUAAUAAUAAUUCAUACAAGUCAAUAGAAAAAAUUAAUGAUAGUUUUGAUCUGGGAAUUAAUGCCAUUAAUAAUAAUUCAUACAAUUUUGAUCUGGGAAUUAAUGCCAUUAAUAAUAAUUCAUACAAGUCAACAGAAAAAAUUCCUUAUAGUUUUGAUCUGGGAAUUGAUACCAUUAAUAAUAAUUCAUACAAGUCAACAGAAAAAAUUAAUGAUAGUUUUGAUCUGGGAAUUAAUACCAUUAAUAAUAAUUCAUACAAGUCAACAGAAAAAAUUCCUUAUAGUUUUGAUCUGGGAAUUAAUACCGUUAAUAAUAAUUCAUACAAGUCAACAGAAAAAAUUCCUUAUAGUUUUGAUCUGAUGGGAGUUGGUAACAAUUCAACAAUAACAACACCAAGUAUUUCAGUAAAUAAUAAAAAACAAAAAUGGCAAAAGAAAAAAAUGCCAAGUAUUUCAGUAAAUAAUAAAAAACAAAAAUGGCAAAAGAAAAAAAUGCCAAAUAUUUCAGUAAAUAAAAAAAAUCAAAAAUGGCAAAAGAAAAAAAUGCCAAAUCUAAAGGAAAUAUCCAGUUCUUUAGGAGGCCCUAUUCACAAUUUAAUUACUGCAAUUACUAUUUUUAAAAACAACCCUCAAAUGAAUGUUGCUGAAUUAGCUCGUAAAUGUAAUACAUUAACUAUAUCCAAAUUAAUGAAUGAAACAAAUUCAAACAAUUAUAAAGAGGAAAUCACUAAAAGAUUUCUUGAGGAUGGUUAUGAUGAUAUAGAGGAAUCUUUGAAACCUUGGAUUCUUGACUUAGUUGAAAAGGUCUUGGAUAAAUCCACUACCGAUGAGGAAAUUUAUGUGGAGAAACCUUUAAUGUCAUAUAGUUUUGAUCUGGGAAUUAAUUCAUAUAAAUCAAUAGAGAAAAUUUAUACAGAGAAAUCUUUAAUGCCAUAUAGUUUUGAUCUGGGAAUUGAUACCAUUAAUAAUAAUUCAUACAAGUCAACAGAAAAAAUUAAUGAUAGUUUUGAUCUGGGAAUUAAUGCCAUUAAUAAUAAUUCAUACAAGUCAACAGAAAAAAUUCCUUAUAGUUUUGAUCUGGGAAUUGAUACCAUUAAUAAUAAUUCAUACAA